GCUCGGCUUUGUUCUCUGUCAUCUACUCGUAAAGUGUGAAAAAAAUUGUGAAAUUUUCCAUACUGCGCUUCAAAGAAAUACUUAAUACAAGUUAAAUCCAAUAAAUUACAUACAAUUUGACUGAAUAUCAAGUAAUUUAAAGUAAUUCGCUUUUAUUUUUAUGCAGUGAACAAGUUUAAUCAACAACAACUACUAGAGAACAUAAAAGAGGAUAUUCAAGCAUACUAUUAGCAAAAAAGUUAACAAAUCUCACAGACAAUUUAAUCUAUUGUACAAGAAGUUUUUUUUUUCUUUGAAUAUCAAUCUUCUUAAUUGUGUACAAAUUGGAGCCGAAAAAGGAUAAAACUGAUAAAUCCUCGUCGAAAAACAAAGUGAUGCAUACGUUUGGAGAAACUGGAGCUGGAGUUCCGGCAUUUCUUGCCAAACUCUGGCGGUUGGUUGAAGAUCCGGAAACUAACAAUCUUAUAUGUUGGAGUAAGGAUGGACGCAGUUUUAUCAUCCAAAAUCAGGCUCAGUUUGCCCGAGAGCUAUUACCUCUCAACUACAAACACAAUAAUAUGGCAUCAUUUAUCAGGCAGCUCAACAUGUAUGGUUUCCACAAAAUCACCUCCAUUGAUAAUGGCGGCUUGAAAUUCGAUCGCGAUGAAAUGGAAUUUACACAUCCCUGUUUUAAACGCAACUGUCCCUAUCUAUUGGAGCAUAUAAAACGCAAAAUUGCCUCCACCAAAUCUGUGGACGAGAAAUCGGCUAUGAAACCGGAAGCUGUUAGCAAAGUGUUGCAAGAUGUAAAAGCUAUGAGGGGGCGUCAGGACUCUUUGGAUUCGCGUUUCUCUGUAAUGAAGCAAGAAAAUGAGGCACUUUGGCGUGAGAUUGCCUCAUUGCGUCAAAAACAUGCCAAGCAACAGCAAAUUGUCAACAAGUUGAUACAAUUUUUGAUAACCAUUGUACAGCCACAACGUAACAAUAUGACCAGUGUUAAACGUCACAUGCAAUUGAUGAUCAAUGAUAUACCAGAUGAAACCAAGCUACGCAAAACCAGUGAAUCAGAAUCAGACUGUGGACCUGUUAUUCAUGAAUUGGGUGAGGAACUUCUAGACGAAGUUUCUGAAGUGGAAGCAGAUACAAUGGCUCACAGUCCAUUUGGCCAACCUUCAACUCCAACCGCCACAGAUCUCGAUGCAGCUGCUUCUCCACAGAACAUUGAACGCCCCCAGUCGACCAUCAGCAUGAUGUCUCAAAAUUAUGAUUAUUCUAAUCAAAGUGUUGAGGAUGCCUUGGGUUAUAUGGCACCUGGUUCAAAUGCCGCACCACCAAAGGCAGAUAGUCUUAUACAAACUGUUAAUACGGAAGGCUCGAAUAUAUUCUAUCACAUAACUGAGGUGCCAGAUGCUCAUCCAGAAGCUAGUACACCCGCACCAAAUAUUAACUACAAUGAAGAAAAUGUGUUGACCACACCCAUGGUUCGUGAAGAAAUGGCCCGUAGUCAGUUACUCAAAGAGAGAAAUCGUCUACGCCGUAAGGAGACUGUUGCCGAUGCAAUGGCUUCAUCGCCAAAAAGCAGUGGCAGUGGUAAUGGCCCUCAACCCAAACAACAACGUUUGGGGCAGCAGCUUACUCAGGCGCAAGAAUUGCCACAACCCAUACAAAUUAAAUCGGAACAGGAUCCCAUAGAUCCCAUGAUGUUUUUAAAUGUUUAUCCUGAUAGUAACAGCAUGCCUGCAGAUCCAAAUUUAAUUUCACCCAAUCUUAGUGAAGAUUCUCGCCAAUCGGCGCCCAGCUCCUCAACUGGGGGAAAUUUUAUGUUGAGUAACACGUCACAGCGCAACAAUUCGCUUAAGGAUGGCAAUAUGCUGGCAACAGGCAACAGAAAUGAUUUAUACAAUCCAUCUAGCUUUAUAGCAAAUGAUAUGCCCGCCGAGAUUUUUGAGGACAAUUCAAUUAUGUCGGCUGGAGACAAUAGCAAUUUUGUUGCCGAUGACUUCAAAAUGGCUCAACAACAACAGUUUGGCCUCUCCACGGUGAAUAGCGGCAAAUUUUCCUCAUAUAUGCCUAGUACUAGUGCCAACAAUGGUACAAAUAAUGGCUCUAGAGUUUCAACAUCAACGGCUGGGGAUGCUGGUGGAUUGGCUACAGAAAGACCUUCUACCUCAAAAUCAAAUGGGAACAACAGCAACAAUAUGACUUUAGCCAAAUACAAUAGCAAGACAGGAGCACACGAGGAUGUUAUGCGGUUGAGUACUGCUAAUGAAGUUAGUGGUCACUUGGAGAUUGUACAGGACGAACUGGACACUUUGAAGGAUUUAUUACGCAGUGAUGUUUAUUCUUUGGAUCACAAUACCUUGUUGGGCAAGUCUUCAAGGGCACGUACCAACACCACAACAUCAGCGACAGCUACCAAUAAUCCAACUUCAAAGUUCAAUAUAUUUGAGAAUAAUAAUAAUAUAUAUUUGCCGCCAACUCUGGAAGCGGAAAUCCUGCAAAAGCUCUUCAGUGAUAAUGACUUACUGAAUGCAGGAUCAUAUGGCUUGCACCUACCCAAGGAUGGGAAUGACAAAAGUGGUUCUGAGUUGACGGCUUAUCAACCCAUGUACGAUUUAUCGGAUAUCAUAAACGAACAAAAUGAUUUAGAUGAUGAUUCGAAUGUUCCCAGUGCAUUGAUGAGACCACAAAUAACUGAAGCACCAGAGCAGCGAGGAAAGCAACGUGGAACCGUACCCAGCUCGGUUUUGAAUACCCCUUAUCACGAAUAAACGCGUUCAUUGGGUCCUACGUUUAAAUAACAUAUUCGUAUUUUUUUAUGAUACUAUUUAAGAAAUUUAACAACAGGAUAAUAACUACAAAUUUAUGAAUUUGUAAAAACGUUAAAAAAAUGACAACAAGGAAACAGGCAUAUUAUAUACUAUUUUUUUAUAUAUACAAAUAUAAAAAUAUUAUCUUUAAGAUUAAAAAAAAAAAUAACAAUGUUAAUUCAAAUUAAUACAACCGAUUAUUUCGCUAUUGUAAUCAUUUCUUAAAUGCAAAAAACUUUAACAAUUAACUAAUAAUAUUUCCAAUAAUUAAUAGGAGUUAUGUUUGAAGACAUUGAACUUAUGUUGAUGCAUAUUUGAAAUGAGUAACAAUAACACUUUUUUAACUUUGAAUAUUUGUAAAUAUGUUAGCACUGCUAGGAUUAGACGUUUAGUUUUCAAAAUUGAAUUAUCUCCCAGUUACAAAAUAUACGUUAAAGCCCUUGAGCUUUUAAACUUUACCAUUUCA